UAAAAACUACUUAAACUUAGUAUUGUUCCAAUUUCUUUCUCCUGUUGACCCGAGUGCAUUUUCGAAAUAUUAUUAUGUGCUGGUAUGAUAUUUUGUUGCUCGUUACCAUAGUUACAAACUUUACGUGACGUUACAUGCAAGACUGUGGACGGAUUCAUCACAUCAUCAUGGCCGCAAAGCUUGGUAGACGGAAUUCAACUGGGAAUUUAAAAGAUGAAAAAGCGGUGGAUCGCCUCAAGAAAGAGCAUUUCCUAAAGCCAGAUUCAGACCAGGUAGACUUAAAAUUAUUACUGCAAGCUGUUUUAGACAUAAGUGACAAACUGGACCAGAAAACCGAGUCGGAACGCGACCCUGCUGGCACCAGACCUUCGAACCAUCACACAACAUCACAAAGUUUCAACGAAACGAGAGACUUUGAUCAGCGUUCAACGACCUCAUCUUCGCGCUCAAGACCUCGCAGUGCUGUAAAGUUCAAUGAAUCGAAAAUGCCAGCACCUCAAGAACGCAAAAACCUGUCAUUUAGUAACUUACAAGUUUCCGAUAUUGACCGUGAAAAUCAGAGACUGUUGAGGCAAAUAACGAAAGCGAAGGGACGCGUUCGGCCAAGAUCUGCUGUCUACUCGGCUCAGAGAGUAUUUACGGAACCUUUACGUGUUCAAACUGCGUCUGAAGUUAAUAGGACGAGAUUUCAAAGACGAGUGGAUGCUGAGAACCAGCAAAUAUUACAAAGACUUCAAGCUGUAAGGCCAACAAAAAGCCUUUGCAAGGAUCAACUUUCUAAAGAAGCAGUUGCUCAGAAACAAUUCUGUCUCAAUGCAUCCAAAACCAGGCCGUCCAGUUCUCGUCCCUCAAGUGCUCGUCCAUCAAGUGCGUCAAGUAGGGUAUCUAGCCGAUCAAGGGGCCUUGCUCGGACAGGAAGUGAGACUAGUUUGUUAACAAAUAAUACUGCAAGUGUAGCAAGCUCCAGACCAUCUUCAGCAUCUAGGAGAUCUAGUGCACACAGAAGGACUCGGUCUAGUAAUAAACCUGUAUGGGAGUCCGGUUGGUGACAAAACUCCUUUGACUGAUAAUUCGUGACAAUUUAUAAAUAAUGAAACCAUAGAUUUGUAGAUAAAUGUAAGAAACAAGAGGCAAGAUAUUGAUAAUGAUAUUUAUUUCUAAGAUGUGGAAUUGAAUAGCUUGUGUGCUAGUUCUAAGGAAUAGGAGUGGUGUAUGAAGACAAGAAAUUGAACAAUUUUGUUUCUUGCUCACAAGUCUGCUUCCCUUUGAAUUACUUCACAGGUUUCAUGAAAUCAUUUACAAUAGCAUGUUAACAUUUUGUCUAACUUCAAAGAUCUUGGCAGCUAAUAAAAUCUAUAAUUUAAAUGGGUCAACAAAUUACUUUGUAAGAAAUUUUGUUCUUAUUAAAAGCACAGUGAAUUCAA